GUCUACGGAGCGGUUGUCUUGACCCAAUUUAGCAGCACUGGAGUGGAGAUUUUCCUUCAGUAUAUUUAAAUACAUAUACUACUAUCGCGUGUGAUUUAAACUCGAAACUAAAAGAAGUCAAAAAUGAAUUCCGUGAAGGAUACAGAUUAUCUGAAAUUUUUGGAGACUGGCGAGUUCUCUGAUUGCAGCAUUACGGUCGGACUCGAAACAUUUAAUUGCCACAAAAUCAUUCUGGCUAGUGUUUCAGAAUAUUUUUGGGAGAAGCUUCUAAAGGACCACAUUUUGAUUAUAAAUUGCGAUACUCUUGUUGAUCCAGACACUUUCAACAAGUUUCUUCAAUAUGCCUAUAGCAAGGACGAAAAAGAAUUUCAGAAGUAUUCUAAUUAUAAAAUAAUGUGCCUAUUCCAGUUUGGUCUUAAGUGUAAUAUGAAAUCGAUCAUCGUCAUCUGCUUGGAGCUCCUAAAAACUCGUAUAAAUGGUAUGGAACUUGGCGAUCUUUUAAGACUUUUUGCAUUCUCCUAUGAUGUUGAUAAUCUGGAACUUCGAAAGGCUACGGUACAAAAUUUGAAGAAACACCUACCGGACGCCAAAAACUGUUUCGAAGCCCUACAUUUCACUCCAAACGUCUUUGAACGAUACAUUGAGGCCACCAAGAAAGUUUUGUCGGAAGUCGAACGGUUCAAGCUGAUUGACGCCUACAUUUCUAUGAAUAGACAUGAAAAAUCGUCUACGAUCGACGAAGUGACAAAUGGAUUCGAUACAGCUGACGAGAGAAAUGAAAAUCCAAAAUCCAAGAAACUAAUCAUUGAUGAUAUCAGGAAGUCAAGCUAUGUGCAGAAGUUACUAAACCUAAUUGACUUCCAAUUGAUGGAUGGUUCUGACUUUUAUAACGUGGUCGGAAAGUCUGAUCUUUUAACUGACCAGGAAAAAUUUGAAAAACUGUACUUAUGUUCAAAUUCAUCUUCGGAUGGGGAAAAUUAAGCGUCUCGACCAAACGACCACUAACUGAAAUAGUAUCGGUUGCGGACCACAGCAAUUGCAGAAUUAUUAAUUUACUCCAAAACAUUAGACUUUUCCUUGAUUGCUGCCAAAGGUGUUAUCAGACUGCAAUGUGCCUAUAAAAGAAAUAAAACGCAGACCUUCAGUAGAAGGAUUGAUGCUUGCAACUGUCGCUUGUUUUCUAUCUUGACUUCUGAACUCCUUUGUGGCCGGGAAUUAUAAUUUAGG